CGGUCCUGAUUUGGUCCUGAUUUAGGUUCCCGCGGUCCCUGCUGUUUCAAGUUUGGAACGUCGUGUGACCGCUGGCACCAACUUGAAGACUAUCCGGUGAACAUGGAUCGCUAUUAGUACGGGCCAGCAGCUAAUUAUGAACCUUUUCCUCGAACUUCUUCCUGCAACGUUCAUCAGCUCGCUGUCUACUUUGAUGACCGGACUCACGGGAACAAGUAAUCUACGCACGCAUCAUCCAGGAACCAACGUGAUUGGCAUCACAGCACGAAGCCAUGCAAUUAUAAGUCACUGAUCACAAGUCGGUGUUACGCCAGUGCCGCAACUACUAGACAAUUUGGGAGUCGCUUCGGCAAGAUGCGUUUCCUCAGUGGCUUGGCCGAACAAUUAUUGAUACCUCUAUUGAUAGCGUUCCGAUCCUCUUCAUUCCCUGCUUUCAUGACAUUCGCAAAGAUGCAGUCACCUCAUGCAGAUAAUCUCGCACCUCUCCCUGUAUUUUCUCGGCGGAAGACACCUAGGUUACGGGGACCACGCCCAUGCAGCUGGCUUCAAACGGGGAUAACAACAAAAGAGGAGAUUGAAGGGGACUGGUCAUGGACACAUCGGCAGGCCGACCUGUCCAGAGUAUCAACAAUAUGCUCCCGCACCUCUAGCGACUCUACUUCAUCCAAUCAGUCCAGUAUCAUUUCCUCAUCCUCGUCCAGCGCAUCGUCAUAUAAUGAUGAUACACCAAUUUCGUCAUGUGACAUAUCGUCGCGCAGACAUAAACGUCGCUCUCAACGGCAGAGACCAUCUGGUCCGCGCCCUCCCUCCCGUCCACAUUCCCCCAGUUCUCCCAUGCGACCCCUACUUUCUAUCAAUACGUCAUUAUCACCCCCCGUUCCCCUUGAGGACCCUGUCCUUCCGCUGCCCCUGGCAGAGUUCCCACAUAUAGCACCGACUGAACCUACGACGCCCGUACCUCUGUUACCCCCAGCGAUUACGUUUUCACCUUCAGAUUUACUUGACUGGGACGCAAUAUUUGAGGUAUUGGCUUUGGAAAGCAUACCAUAGUUUGAGCUUGGAGCAUUGUAGACCACGGAUUCUCGGACCCAUGUAGCAUACUCACACUUUUAUUGACAUACGGACACUCCAUUUUACAAUCUCAUGAAUUAGUAGUUUUUCUUGCAAUCUAAUAGGUAGCUCGUGGUGCUUUUUCUUUUGCAUGAUCUUUCUUCCACGUUCCUUCGACGAGAACGUGGGCGUUGACCAAAAUUUGUACAUUAUAGCAUGGACUCGGAUGUGUAAAUCAAAAGGAACGACUACGAUCGUCUUUCUA